GACCUGCAGCUGUGCGGGGGGAAAUGGCGGUCGAGGUCUCAGCAGCGCCAGUCGAGGGAGAAGCGCCGUUCCCAGUUUCGGGAGCCGAAGCCAGGCCCUCUUUGCGGUGCUACCUAGCCCGCCUGGAGUCUUUGCAGUCGGGGACCGACGCCAGCCCGGCCCCGGGGGGCAAUAGCGGCCGCCGUACGGAGCUCCACCUGCUCUUCGACCAGCUCAUCUCCGAGACUUGCGGCCCAAGGACGGAGGCGCCGCGGCCGCAGGAUGUUUGUGACUUACUUGUCCAAGCUUGUAAAUUAGUACCACUUAAUCAAGAGCAUCUUGUCAACAAAGUGUGCCAGCUGAUUCAUCUUUUGCUUAGCAGAUUCGAGGUUAUGGUUGAUGAUGACAGCCUGAAUUUCCUUCUGCCUUAUUUCAUCUCUGCUCUGAAGCAGUGCAGCUCUUGGACACAUGUUGAAAUUCUGCAGGCUUUGGCAGCGUCAGUCUACUGCAAUGGACCCAAAUGUCAAAAAUACCUUCCAGAUUUGUUGGGGGAAAAUGGACUUCUGGUUCAAUUCAGCAGCCCAGCUCAGACUGACAUUGAACUCAAGAGAGCUGCAGUGAACAGCCUGGCAAACUUGUGCCUCAGCAUACCUGGACUACUGUAUCUGGAUGAACCUUACAAAGAGAUCUGCUUUCAGAUUUUCCUCAACGUGCUACAGUCUUCAAAAGCACCUGGUGUGGAUGACAUCACCUUUUGCAUGUUGUUACAGAAUGCAUUGAAAGGUAUCCACUCACUCUUAAAUGGUGGAACGAUGAAGCUAAUGCAGACUGAUCAGCUUGGCUCCCUGCUUGCUGUGUUAAAGAAAUGCAUGUUUCAUGGGCUACCUGGAGUGAACAUAGAAAUACCAGCUAUCUUGUACCCAACACUGCUUCCGCAGUAUGACAGCAGGUCACAAGUUGAACAAGAGAAGUCUGAAGUGGCCAGUUUGAAGCCGCCAGUGAGCAGAAGGAAAAAACCCAAGGCAAAGCAAAAGAAGGGGAAGCAAGAAGGAGAGCUAAAAGAUGAUGAAGAAUGCAGCAGAGGAAGUGAGAAACCCACGUUCUCUGGAGAUGCACAGCAAAAUCCUGGCCUGGAUAUUUGGAGACUGUCAGUGGAUGAGACACGCACAACACCCUUGAAAGAUAAUUUUCCUUCACACACACAGAGCUACAAAAGAAUCAGCAGCAGUGAUUCGGAGUAUUCGGAUGCUGAAUGUGGAAUGCAGAGCAAAACAAGGUCUUUCCAAGCUGCAGUUCGUCAAGGGGCUUUAAUCUGCUUGCUUUCCACUGUAAAGUCAAUAGAGAAGAAAGUCCUCUAUGGCUACUGGCCAGCAUUUGUACCUGACACACCUGGCAUAGGAAGUCCACAAUCACUGUCAUUGAUUACUAUUGCUUUAAAAGAUCCUUCUCCAAAGACACGUGCCUGUGCUCUUCAAGCCCUUUCGGCUAUCUUGGAAGGCUCCAAGCAGUUCCUUUCUAUUGCAGAAGAUGCCAACGACCACAAGAGGGCUUUCACUCCCUUUUCAGUUACCAUUGCUUCCAGCAUCCGAGAGCUUCAUCGCUGUUUGCUGCUGGCCCUGGUGGCUGAAUCCUCUUAUCAAAAUCUCACCCAGAUAAUCAAGUGCCUGGCCAAUCUGAUAUCGAAUGCACCAUACAGCCGCUUAAAGCCUGGGCUGCUGACCAGAGUAUGGAAUCAGAUAAAGCCGUAUAUUAGGCAUAAAGAUGUUACUGUUCGAGUGUUGAGCCUCACGCUGCUGGGAUCCAUUGUUUCAGCUCAAGUGCCUUUGCCAGAGGUACAAUUACUUCUGCACCAGCCCACCUCUUCAGGGCUUGAGUGUAGUGGAUCUGCCACGCCACGCUCUUCUGGAGCAUCUGAAUGGCAGAAAAAAGCCCCAGGGGAGCCUCCCCUUAGCACAGAGAAUGCACCUGAAGACCCCUGCUGGCUUAUUCGGCUCUGCAUCUCUCUCAUAAUGCUGCCCAGGGAAGAUGGCUACUCGGAUAACGAUGCUGGGAACUUACCUCCUGCCAGCAUCUAUGAACCGUCUCCUGUUCGGCUGGAGUCGUUGCAGGUCUUAGCUCUCCUUGUCAGAGGCUAUUUCUCAGUUUCUCAAAGCUAUUUGCUAGAGCUUGGUGAAGUUGUUUGCAGAUGCAUGGAGGAAAUGGAUCCAUCUAUCCAGCUACACGCAGCAAAACUCUUGGAUGAACUUGGCAUGGGGAUAAUAAAGCAGCACAAGCCAGAUUCAGCCGUUGCUCCGGAUCAGCGGGUACCUGUUGACCUGGUUGUCACCUUCUGGACUAGGAUGCUGAAUGGCCCCUUGCCUGGUGCCCUGCAAAACUCCCAGCACUCAAGGCUUCAGACCAGUGCUUGCAAUGCGCUCUCCUCGAUCUUACCAGAAGCGUUCAGCAGUUUACCGGCCGACAAGCAAAUCCUGUGCAUCACCGUCCUGCUUGGGCUCAACCACAGCGAGAAUCCAGCUGUGAAAGUUGCAGCAGCGCGUGCCGUUGGGGACUAUGUUCUCUUCCCGUGUCUUCGGCAGGAUGUGAUGUUUGUCACUGACGCAGCAAAUGUGAUCCUCGACUCAUUCUCUGACGGUUCACCACAUGUCCGUGCCAAAGCAGCGUGGUCCCUGGGGAACCUGACAGACACGCUGAUCAUCAAUAUGGAGCUUAUGGGACAAAGUUUCCAGGAUGAAUUCUCGGAUGUCCUGUUGUUGAAAAUGUUACAAGCAGCAACUGAGGCCUCUAAGGACAAAGAUAAGGUGAAAAGCAAUGCUGUCCGUGUCAUAGGAAACCUUCUUCGUUUCCUCCAACCAGCUCACAUAGCCAAUCCGAGGUUCAGCAAACCUAUUGAGGAAUCGAUACAGGCCCUGAUCUCCAUGGUACAGAGUGAAGCCACCAUGAAAGCACGUUGGAAUGCUUGUUAUGCUCUUGGGAAUGUCUUUAAAAACCUUGCUUUGCCUUUAGGAGAAUCCCUUUGGACUGCCCAAGCCUAUGAUGCUCUUACCUCAGUGGUCAAAUCUUGCAAGAAUUUCAAAGUCCGCAUCAAAUCAGCUGCCGCCCUUUCCAUCCCGGCCAAAAGGAAGCAUUAUGGUACUCCUGGCCAGUUCUCUCAGAUCUGGAGCGCACUGGUCGUGGCCUUGCAGAAGAGUGAGGAGGCUGAAAAUUUUCAGGAGUUCAAGUACAGCACCAGCCUACGAACGCAGCUCUGCCAUGCUCUUCUUCAUAUGCUCACCCUGGCAGAUGAGGAGGACUUAGCAGGCAUCAGGAAGAUGGUGGCAGAGCAUGGAGAAGUCAUUGGAUCCUACAUGUUGCAGUAUUUGAAAUCAGGAAUUGAUGAGGAGGAAACAGGGAUAGGCAAGAGCUUCUGUCAAAGAGGGGAACUCCUGAAGAAGGCUAUUGAGCAUGUGCAAGGUAUUGAAGAACUGUCAGCAUGUCCCAUGAAAAGGGGGGCAGUAGCUUGUUUGGAAGAAGUCUUGAAAAUCCAUAAUGCUGCUGUAGGAUUAGCAGAAACUUGAGGAUGGCACGAGCAGCACAAAUAUUUUGAAUUUUCUACAAGGUGUUCAAAAGGAUUUUUCCAUGGACAAGAUUAAAUUUCCUUCAACCUUCUUUGACGGCUCUGUCUGACCUAUCUUGCUCCCAUAGAACAAACACGACCAGGAUCUUCAUGUGGGCCAGUUAAAUUUCCAGACUACUCUAGAAUUCUUCCCCAGGUUUAGCUGCCAUUUUCAAACUGACACACAGCCCUUUUAUAACUGCCCUUUUUACAAAACUUAACAGUAAUUAGCAUUUAAAAAAAAACACAAGUCUAUAGAAAACAAACUAGGAGCAUCAGUUUAGUAGUGUGAUUUCAUAUAUUACACAUGAUCAGGGGUCAUUUGAUAGAAAAAGCUGCAGGGAACUCAUUAGCAUGACUCAU